AUGGGUGCAAUUAAAUAUAAGGACGAUAUGAAUGAAGAGAAUUUAAGAAGACUAAGACUUAAUUUUGAGUAUAGUGAUAUCUGUAAACUACCUUUGAUGUCAAAAAGACUUAUUGUAAUAACAAAUCUUUAUUACGGUGAUAAGAAAAGAAGCGAAGAAUUUAUAAAAUUGCAAAAUACAUUUUGUAAACACUUACUAUCGUUAAGAAAAAGCAAAAAACUUGACGCCUAUGUGAUUGCUAAUCUUUCUUUCAAGAAAAAUUCUAAAUUGAAAUGGGAAUCGAUGUUAAGAUUCAAUAACAAUGGAAUCAUAGUUGAACUUCUUAAGUUACUAAAAAAAUAG